GAAAUAAUGGUACACGGUCCAAGCCGGCGUUGCUGGGUGGUUCAUUCGUGACUAUGUCACAAGUAGGUGCUACGGAGGAGAACGAACACCGAACAAUUAGGCCCAACUACUACAGUCAUUGGGUUGAAGUCGGGAGACAGAGCCCGCUCCACCCCCAGCGCUACGAUACCUUUAAUUACCAUAAUGUGAUCAGGGUUCUUGAACAAAGCCCAAGGAAAUCCCGAGAUGUCCCGGGAGACUGCUGGACCAUCAGAGUCUUAGCGAAACAAACCCCUACAAUUUUCAUGAAUUACCACAUCGUCCGAAUGUCUCCUAGACCAGCGCAGCGCCACUCGGGAGCUGCUCGAUAGGAGUUCGUUGCGAGUCGGGUGUUUUCUGUAGUGGACAUAGUAUGUUUCACCAGACAACCACGUACCAGUGUUCCCAAAUUAGAUACACUUGUGGUUAUUCAUAGCUGUUCCCCUUCAGAACUGGUAGCGCGCAGCCACCUCCGAACGAUUGACUCGUCCGAGUAAACUAUCGAUGCUUUCCGUUCGGCACAUACAUCGAUAACAAAUCUGUGCGUGUCGAGAAAAUCCUUUCUGUUACUGCCGAUCUCCUCGAUUGGUCUUGACUUCACUGGCGCUGAGAGCCUGUAGUUCCGCGGGCAGAGCAUGAAAAAACUGGUUACUCUGAACGUGUAAGCGCUGUCUGAAGUAUUCGGUUGUUAUUUUCUCUCGCCAGAGACCAUACCAGGCUGCUUCACCAUAGGCUAGACGUAUCGUACUGGGGUUAUUUGUUUGCCGAAGUAUAGCCUGGACCAAUCGCUGAGCGGAAGUUUUCGUCUCCUGACCAUUCUCAAGACCACGCCCAUCACAGAAAUCUUCAGCGGCCCCGAGCAGUUAUAAGUGCUCGACCCGUGAUGAGUUAGAUUUCCGAGUAAGCACGGAGGAAGACGUGAGCCGGCAGUCGCACAAUGGAAGAACAGAGAAGGCAAGACUUGUCACUGCGGGUGAGGCAACGCAUGUCCAGAAUUGCAUCCAGUAACUUUUGCACGCAGAUUCUCAUCAAGAAGUCGCCGAAGGAGUUGGCUUAGCAAUAUCCAGCGCUGGCCAUAACCGACGUUAUAGAGGAUAACAACGAGAUUCGUCCUUGUUACCGCCAGGAGACAGUCGGACAAAAUCGCGACCGGGAAGUACAACACCAUUCGUCCAUUACUGUUGACUGUGUGCCUGUUCACAUGAGGUGAGGCGUAACGAUACUACGUCGCAGGAUCAGAUGGAAAGCCCCAUCUAGCAGUACCUGAGCGUUCCGGGAAUCGAGGGAUAUUGACGCCAGUCAAGGACUCGUCGGCACCUACGUAUACUGUACUUCCCGGUGGAUUUGUAACACUAUUUUGCACAAGUACUUAACAUCAUUUAGAACGUCGCGCUGUCGGUUAGUCCAGGUUUG